GUUUGAAAAGUUUUUGGAGAGAGAUGCUUUUCUACCAGCCGUAAUAAUGUAGUAUGAUGAAGGCGGAUUUUGAUGCCUUUUUGAUAUGCAGUCCAGAUGGGGAGGAUAGAAAGUUUGGAGAUCAGUUAGUGGACAAAAUGCAAGAUUCCCCAUAUAACCUGAAAAUCUGUGUGCCAUGGAGAGACACUGACGGGUGUUGGUACAAUGCUAGGGACUGUAUCAAAGAAAGAUGCAGACGAUGUAUAGUGAUACUGUCAAGCAACUUCUACAAAAGCGAGGAGGCGGUCUCUCAACUUGAAUUCGCUUAUAGUUUGUCGCCAGGUUUCAAAGAGAGACAGAUACUUCCCAUUUGCUUAAACAAAUGUGAGGUUCCAAGUUAUCUUCAACAGAUUUCAAAAGUAGAGUUUUAUAAUAUGAAUGCUCGAAAAUGGUUUUGGGAACGACUUUACCUAUCACUGACGACAUCACACGGGGACAAAGUACCUGAGAAUCAUACAAAAAACUUGCCUGAUGUUGUCAAAUCAGCAAAUGUUUGAAAUCAUUAUUGCUGCUAUGAAGUUUUCUAGUCAUUCUGCUAUUAGAAUGUUUUAUGAAAAAAAAAAUUCAGAAAAUAAUUCUAAAUUAAAAUAAUUUUGUUGUGUUUUAUAGUUAAAUGUAAAUAAAUUCUA